AUGACGGGUCUACCGCCUUUCCUGUCUGCAUCACAGUCUAGCAGCGCACCCAGACGUGAGGCAUCUCGAUGGUCCACAGGUUGUUGGGGACAAGAAGAGUGGGGAUGGGCUGCUUCUCCUCCUGCUCAAUGGGGGAGUAAUUGGGGUGAUGGAUGGUAUGGCGGUGGGGAAUGGAAUGUCUCUGGGAAGGGGGGCUCGAGUAAUGACUGGUGGGUGAAUCAAGGAUACCCUCCUCCUCCCGAUUGGGGUAAGGGAUACCCCAUUCGUGGCAAGGGAUCAUGGGGGUCUGCGCUCAACUACAAUGAUAUCAAG